GUUAUCAACAUCCAUGACGGCAGAUGGUGUGAAUCAAGAUUUUUUGUUUGGAAACCACAAUUACGGUGAUCUGCCACUAAAAGCAGACCACGCUAAUCGUCCACUAUGGGUUUCACCAGAAGAUGGUCACAUUAUCCUAGAAGGUUUCUCACCCAUCGCAGAACAAGCCCAGGAUUUCUUGGUCGCAAUAGCAGAGCCAGUCAGUAGAACGAGCUUGAUGGAGGAGUACAAGGUUACUCCUUACUCUCUCUACGCCGCGGUCUCAGUCGGUUUAGAGACAGCAGACAUUAUCGAAGUACUGAAUAGACUGUCGAAAGUACCAGUGCCUCAAUCUAUCAUUGACUUCAUCAAGGAUUGUACGAUGUCAUACGGUAAAGUCAAGCUCGUCUUGAAGCACAACAGGUACUUUGUUGAAUCGGCAGACCCAGAGACAUUACAAAUGCUUCUAAGGGAUCAGAUUAUCAAGAACGCACGUGUAGAUUCAAACGCUUACCUCGAAACGAGCACAGCACCGACAAAGGGCAAUCUCGUUAUACCCGGUACAAAAGAAGCCCACAGUACUAACAAUGCUAACACAAUCGAGGCUGCACCUGUAGACGAAGAACAGGCUGACAAGCAGAAGAAACAACAGGAGAAGGAACACGGCGAUGAUUACUUUACUGCACUGAUUGAUAUCGAGAAACAAGAUGAAAUGGAAGACGACGAGGAGGUUCAUUCGUUCGAGAUCAAAUCAGAGGAGAUUGAAACUGUUAAGAGACGUUGUAAUGAGCUAGAAUAUCCGAUGUUGGAAGAAUACGACUUCCACAACGACACUCGGAAUCCAAACUUAGACAUUGAUCUCAAACCAGUAACUGUUAUUAGACCUUAUCAGGAGAAGUCCCUCAGUAAAAUGUUUGGUAAUGGUAGAGCAAGAUCCGGUAUCAUUGUUUUGCCAUGUGGUGCUGGUAAAACUCUCGUUGGUAUCACUGCCGCAUGCACAAUCAAGAAAUCUGUGCUUGUCUUGUGUACUUCUUCAGUUUCAGUCAUGCAAUGGAAGCAACAAUUCAUGCAGUGGUCGAAUGUCAAUGAUAGUCAAAUAUCUGUUUUCACAGCCGACCAAAAGGAGAAGUUUGGUGGUGAGAGUGGUAUUGUCGUUUCUACCUACUCCAUGGUUGCAAACACCAGAAAUCGUUCUCAUGAAUCACAAAAAAUGAUGGAUUUCCUGACUUCCCGUGAAUGGGGUUUCAUCUUGUUGGAUGAAGUACACGUCGUUCCAGCCGCAAUGUUCAGAAGAGUCGUCACUACUAUCAAAGCACAUAGUAAAUUAGGUUUAACAGCAACAUUAGUUAGAGAAGAUGAUAAGAUCGACGAUUUAAAUUUCCUUAUUGGUCCGAAGCUCUAUGAAGCAAAUUGGAUGGAUUUAGCUGCCAAAGGUCAUAUAGCUAAUGUUCAAUGUGCAGAAGUCUGGUGUCCGAUGGUACCAUGUUUCUAUAGAGAAUACUUGCGAGAGAAGAGCAGAAAGAGAAUGUUACUUUACUCAAUGAAUCCACACAAAUUUCAAGCAUGUCAAUUCUUGAUCGAUUUCCAUGAAGAUAGAGGUGACAAGAUUAUCGUAUUUAGUGAUUGCGUUUACAGUCUCGAACAAUAUGCUCGUAAACUCAAGAAACCGUAUAUUCAUGGAGGUACUUCGCAAGUAGAAAGAAUGAGAGUUCUGCAGAGAUUCCAGUAUGAUAGCAAUGUCAACACCAUCUUCCUAUCUAAAGUUGGUGAUACGUCUAUCGAUUUGCCGGAAGCUACCUGUUUGAUUCAAAUAAGUAGUCAUUUUGGUUCACGUAGACAAGAAGCGCAGAGAUUAGGUCGUAUCUUACGUGCUAAACGUCGUAAUGAUGAAGGUUUCAAUGCGUUCUUCUACUCGCUCGUUUCGACCGACACUCAGGAAAUGUUCUACUCCACAAAGAGACAAGGUUUCUUGGUCGACCAGGGUUAUGCCUUCAAAGUGAUAACGCACUUGUUCGGUAUAGAAAGGCUACCUGAUUUGGUGUAUAGAUCAGAGAAGGAACAAAUUGAAUUGCUGGAAUCAGUACUGUUGGCGAAUGAAUCAGCAGCUGAUAUCGGAUCUGAUAUCAAGGCAAGCGAGGACGAUUUGGCAGGCACAAUACAUGGUGUGACGAAACGUAUGACGGGCAAUACGUCAGCCUUGGCGGGUGGCCAAGCGAUGUCCUAUAUCGAGAAAAACAAAUCGGCUAAUAAACAAAUUACUAAUGAUUCCAGGCACUCACUCUUUAAGAAACGUGAUAAGGAAGCUGCCGAUAGGGCAAAGAAGAAGAGACAGAGACUGACUGGCGAGGCUUAGUAAGAUAGUGAUAUAGUGUCUAUGCUGUGUACUUUUAUAAAUUUUUAAUUUA